UCGCAACUACCAUCCUCCACCAUCCUUUCCAUCUCAUACAUCUUCAGCUCUUGUUUCCUCUCUCUUUUGCCCUCGUCGCACUCAUCCUCGGGUCCUCUGCCAGCCACGACGUCGGGCGUACGGUCAGGUCCUCCCUCUUCUCCUAAGACGACUGGGACCACUAAGCGCCACAGCCUCCCUCACUCAGCCGGUUUUGCACUCGUCGCUCUCAACCCAAGUCUCGUCCCCCGCCAUCGUCGUCUCUACACCUUUCCGCGAAGAUGGCGCUCAACCUUGACGACCUCAUCGGCUCAAUGCAACAGGUCCACGCCGGCGACCGCGGCCAGGGACUUGAGGAGAUUCGCGAGAACCUCCGCGCCACCCUCGGCCAACAGGCACUCGGCCCUUGCCAUCCUCAUGCUGGGCCAUCCAGCUCACGUCAAAUCAGCAGCGGCUCUGCCAACAGCAAGCGCCGCACCUCGACACCGCAGCACCGUAGUGGCGGCGGGUCUGUUGGGCAGGAUGGGCUAGGAUGGGUGGGCGGGUCCUCUCUGGAUGACACGCCAAUGCAGCCACCCGGUAGCUAUGUAGACCAGGACAUGGCAGUCGGGAUGCUCGGAUACCAACAGGGCAGCGCAGAGUUGAAUGGCUUCCAUGACCGCGGCAAUGCUCCUCGUAGCUAUUCCUCUAAUGCCUCGGGGGGUCAUCACUCCAACGGCUCCUACCAGUCGGGCGCCGGCUCGUCUGGCUUUGGCUUUGCUCAAGCACCGGCCAACACACCCAUGCAGACACCAUCUGAUCGCAUUGGUUCAUCGCCGUACCAGCAGCAGUGGCAUCAACGUCCGGGCGGACAUCUAGAGGCAGUCGCUGAAGAUAGGGCAAAGAUGUCUCUCUCGCCUAAUGCUCAGCCGCAGCACCAGCAGCAGCAUCACGAGCACCAUCAGCAGAUGUUUGGUGGCCGCCAGCAAGACUUUGAAGAACACCUUCACGGACGUCGUCACGACAGAUCGAGCCCCAAGAAGCUCGUCAAUGGCUUUGAGCCAUCGCCCAUCCGAUAAAGCCGCCAAGAGGAGCAGGUCAGCAUUACUGCCAUACCGGCCUGUUCAAGGGCAAAGCAAUGGGCUUCUUUGCAGCAAGCAAGCAAGGAAGACGCACGAUCCACCAAUUUCCAUGUUGUCAGCACUUCAGCGGCUCUCAUCCCAGCCUUUGCUUCUCAGCCGCCGCUGUGCGACCGGCGCCUGUUGACCUCUGGCUCCUUUGCCAUUUUUUCACCUAGCAUUCCACCUCCACCGGCGCAGCAUUCUUGUGUCGUUCUUGUGGCACUCUUUUCGUCCGGUCUUGUCUGCUCGCCACCAUGUGAUCACCCUGCUUUCCAUUCAUUCACCUGUAUUUCUAGCUAUCCUUCAUU